AUGAUAACUAAAAUGCAGCCACAAACAAAUGUUGCUGUGCCGCAAGCUGUCACGACGCAGUCCCAACAGAUUGUCGGUGUUCCCGCAAAUGCCGUAAUCUUAAAAAUGUCGGAUAUUCAGCAAAUUUCGACAGUUGGGUUAUUGGAGCUUGCACAUAGAGAAUACCAGGCUGGUGACUAUGACAGUGCAGAAUUGCAUUGUAUGCAGAUGUGGAGGCAGGACUCGACCAAUACUGGGGUCUUGUUACUUCUGUCAUCCAUACACUUUCAAUGCAGAAGGUUGGACAAGUCUGCACACUUUUCCACACUGGCAAUCAAACAAAAUCCAUUACUAGCUGAAGCAUACAGCAAUCUGGGAAAUGUGUACAAAGAAAGAGGUCAGUUGCAAGAAGCGCUGGAGAACUAUCGCCAUGCUGUAAGGCUAAAGCCAGACUUUAUUGAUGGGUACAUCAACCUGGCAGCUGCUUUGGUGGCAGCUGGUGACAUGGAACAAGCUGUGCAAGCAUAUGUGACUGCUCUGCAGUAUAAUGCUGAUCUUUACUGCGUUAGAAGCGAUUUGGGCAAUUUGCUCAAGGCUCUCGGACGUCUCGACGAGGCAAAGGCAUGUUACUUGAAAGCCAUUGAAACAAGGCCAGACUUUGCAGUAGCAUGGAGUAACUUAGGUUGCGUUUUUAACGCACAAAGUGAAAUCUGGUUGGCAAUUCACCAUUUCGAAAAGGCAGUGGCGUUGGACCCCAACUUUUUAGACGCAUAUAUAAAUCUUGGAAAUGUGCUCAAAGAAGCUAGAAUUUUUGACAGGGCUGUAGCUGCAUACUUACGAGCACUUAACCUAUCUCCCAACAAUGCCGUUGUUCACGGAAAUUUAGCGUGCGUCUAUUACGAGCAAGGACUUAUCGACUUAGCCGUCGACACAUACAGAAGAGCGAUUGAACUUCAACCUAAUUUCCCUGACGCAUAUUGUAACUUAGCGAAUGCGCUUAAAGAAAAGGGUCAAGUGGCCGAUGCGGAAGAAUGCUACAACACAGCUCUCAGAUUAUGUCCAUCACACGCAGAUUCUCUCAACAACUUGGCGAACAUCAAGCGAGAACAAGGAUAUAUAGAAGAAGCCACGCGCCUAUACUUAAAGGCGUUAGAAGUGUUCCCAGAAUUCGCUGCCGCCCACAGCAAUUUGGCCUCAGUUUUACAACAGCAGGGAAAACUAAACGAGGCACUCAUGCAUUACAAGGAGGCUAUUCGUAUUCAGCCGACAUUCGCUGAUGCGUACAGUAACAUGGGAAACACCCUGAAGGAGAUGCAGGAUGUCGCCGGAGCGUUGCAAUGCUACACGCGAGCGAUUCAAAUAAAUCCCGCCUUUGCCGACGCGCACAGUAACCUUGCCAGCAUUCACAAGGACUCUGGGAACAUUCCCGAGGCCAUCCAGUCUUACCGGACGGCGUUGAAACUUAAACCGGACUUCCCUGACGCCUAUUGCAACUUGGCGCAUUGCCUGCAAAUUGUUUGCGAUUGGACCGACUAUGAGGCUAGGAUGAAGAAAUUAGUCAGCAUUGUCGCUGAACAAUUAGAAAAGAAUAGAUUGCCUUCAGUUCAUCCGCAUCACUCGAUGUUGUAUCCCCUGUCGCAUGAUUUCAGGAAGGCGAUCGCCGCCCGUCACGCGAACUUAUGCCUGGAAAAGGUUCAAGUUCUACACAAGCCGCUAUUCAAAUUCCCCCGCGAGUUACAAGGCCGUCUGCGUAUCGGAUACGUGAGCAGCGAUUUUGGCAAUCAUCCAACGUCUCACCUCAUGCAGUCGGUACCGGGGUUGCAUGACCGGUCCAAAGUUGAGAUAUUUUGUUACGCUCUCAGUCCGGAUGACGGCACUACCUUCCGGUCCAAGAUCGCACACGAGGCUGAACAUUUUAUAGAUUUAUCGCAGCUGCCAUGUAACGGAAAGGCUGCCGAUAAAAUAUACGGAGACGGCAUUCAUAUCCUCGUGAAUAUGAAUGGAUACACAAAGGGAGCUAGGAAUGAAAUAUUCGCAUUGAGGCCGGCGCCGGUACAAGUGAUGUGGUUGGGAUACCCCGGCACCAGUGGGGCUAGUUAUAUGGACUACUUGGUGACGGAUGCUGUGACGUCACCUCUGGAAUUGGCCAGUCAAUACAGCGAGAAGUUGGCUUAUAUGCCGCACACAUACUUUGUGGGAGACCAUAAGCAGAUGUUCCCACAUUUGCAGGAGAGAUUAAUUCUAAGUGACAAGGUGAAAUCGAAUAACUUAGGAAUUUUGGCGGAUAACGUUGCUGUGAUCAAUGCGACCGAUUUGUCGCCUCUCGUCGAGCACACAGAUAUAAAAGAGAUUAAGGAAAUAGUGCGAGCAGCGCGUCCCCUCGAGAUAUCAAUGAAAGUAGCAGAGCUGCCCACCACUACGCCGAUUGAAACUAUGAUUGCUUCCGGACAAAUACAGACGACAGUCAACGGAGUGAUCCUCCAAAAUGGCCUGGCGACAACCCAGACGAACAACAAAGCGGCGACUGGCGAAGAAGUACCCCAAUCCAUAGUGAUCACCACCAGACAGCAGUAUGGCUUACCAGAUGACGCUGUGGUGUACUGCAAUUUCAACCAGCUGUACAAAAUAGACCCACUGACGUUACACAUGUGGGUGUAUAUUCUGAAGCAUGUUCCAAACAGUGUGCUGUGGUUGUUAAGAUUUCCAGCUGUCGGUGAACCUAAUUUGCAGUCCACAGCUCAGCAGCUGGGGCUGCCCCCGGGUCGGAUAAUAUUCUCGAAUGUAGCGGCCAAAGAAGAGCAUGUACGAAGAGGACAGUUGGCUGACGUGUGUCUAGACACACCUUUAUGUAACGGACACACAACCAGUAUGGACAUUUUAUGGACAGGAACGCCUGUUGUUACAUUACCAGGAGAAACUUUGGCUUCUCGAGUGGCAGCGUCGCAAUUAAAUACGCUCGGUUGUCCUGAAUUAAUAGCGAGAACGCGCCAGGAGUACCAAGACAUUGCCGUACGACUCGGAACUGACAAGGAAUAUCUAAAAGCAAUCCGGGCAAAAGUAUGGACAGCGCGAUCGGAGAGCCCUCUUUUCGACUGCAAAGCAUACGCAACCGGCCUAGAAAUGCUUUACAACAGAAUGUGGGCCCGGUAUGCGAGAGGAGAACGGCCUGACCACGUCCAGGCUAUUGAUAAAUAG